AUGACCUGUCUGGCUCUGUCAUGUUCGAAAACCAGAUCCCCAAGCCACGACAAGGAGCCAUUGGCGAUGACCGUUCGUGUUCCCGUACGAGUAUUGAUUACAUACAAUCCCAGAAGCCAUCCCGGCGGCCAAGUUGGCGAAUGUCGAUCCUCCCUGACAAUCCAGUCCGAGGCCAUUGGGCGAGACUCGAGAUGCGGUCAAACCAAAGUGCAGGCUGCUGCAUUCCCGAAAGCCCUUGUGCGUCAAGGGGGAUUGGUCGGGAACUUCCCCAACUCUUUCGGCCGUCGCAUGACGGAAGUCUCCAUUUUCUCAAUUCCCAUUCCCCAUCACCCCUCCAUUCCACGCACCACCACGCACCACCGCGCACCACGCACCACACAAACCCAAGAAGAAAAGUCUCAGGCUUCUCUCUCUCUCUCUCAGCGUCCCAAUGGCCCGACUUUGGCAGAGUUAUGUGUCACUGCGCCGUCAAGCCGUCCCCAAAAAAUCCACCGGGCCCUGUACCUGACCCGACGCAGUGCCGGCCAUACUGAUCGCCCGUACCUUCCCUAG